AGAAGAAGCACGAUUGUAAACAGCUGGACGUGUUGCACAUGGUUUUCCAAAACCAGGAGAGGCUGCAAAGAUGUACCACCUUGGGCAGGAUCUGCCUGGCAACGAUGUAGACGACAUAGAGGAUCUAAUAUCCGCCGACGAUGUAAAGCCACGGGAGCGUUAUGAAAACAAGAAGAACGUGACGGUUCGCGCCAAGAAACGCACGGCAAUCCGGCUGGAAACCGAGGAGGAGGAGAAACCAAAGCCCACGAUCCACGAGAGUGUGAUACCCGGCACUCAGAAAGUGUUCGUAAAAACAUGGGGCUGUGCCCACAACAACUCGGACUCCGAGUACAUGGCCGGGCAACUGGCUGCCUACGGAUACAGAUUAAGCGGCAAAGAGGAGGCGGAUCUGUGGCUGCUCAACAGCUGCACGGUGAAGAAUCCCUCGGAGGACACGUUCCGCAACGAGAUCGAGUCAGGCAUGCGAAAUGGCAAGCAUGUUGUGGUUGCUGGCUGCGUCCCCCAGGGAGCUCCCAAAUCCGACUACCUAAGCGGUCUUUCUGUAAUCGGUGUUCAGCAGAUUGAUCGCGUAGUGGAGGUCGUGGAGGAGACACUAAAGGGUCACAGCGUGCAGCUGCUGCAGAACAAGAAGAAGGUUCAUGGCCGUCGAUUGGCAGGAGCUUCCCUCUCGCUGCCCAAGGUGCGCAAAAAUCCGCUGAUCGAGAUCAUAUCCAUCAACUCGGGAUGCUUGAAUCAGUGCACCUAUUGCAAGACGAAGCACGCCCGCGGCGAUUUGGCCAGUUAUCCGCCCGAGGAGGUGGUGGAGCGCGCCCGCCAAUCCUUCGCCGAAGGCUGUUGCGAAAUUUGGCUUACGUCCGAGGAUACUGGAGCCUACGGUCGGGAUAUAGGCAGCUCAUUGCCAGAGUUGCUCUGGCAGCUGGUGGAAGUGAUCCCCGAGCACUGUAUGCUACGUGUGGGCAUGACCAAUCCGCCCUACAUCCUGGAGCACUUGGAUGAAGUGGCCAAAGUGCUGCAACACCCUAGGGUCUACUCCUUUUUGCACGUACCGGUGCAGAGUGGUAGCGACUCGGUGCUGGGCGAAAUGAAACGUGAGUACUGCCGCCAGGACUUUGAGCACGUGGUUGACUUCCUUAGGGAACGGGUGCCUGGCGUCACUAUCGCCACGGACAUUAUUUGCGGAUUUCCCACUGAGACCGAAGAUGAUUUCGAGGAGACGAUGACCUUGUGCGCGAAGUACCGUUUCCCCAGCCUGUUCAUUAAUCAGUUCUUCCCUCGACCGGGCACACCUGCUGCCAAAAUGGAACGCAUACCCGCGAAUCUGGUGAAGAAGCGAACUAAACGGCUCACUGAUCUCUUCUACAGCUAUGAACCUUAUGCAGAAAGGACAGGUGAAAUAUAUACCGUUCUGGUCACGGAGGUUUCGCACGACAAGCUCCACUAUGUGGGUCAUAAUAAAAGCUACGAGCAGGUGUUGUUGCCCAUGCGGGAAAAUCUCCUGGGCACUCGUGUUCAUGUGCGAAUCACCAGCGCUAGCAAGUUCAGCAUGGUGGGCGAGAUUUUGGACGACGAACGGGACUGGACUAGAUGUGCAAAUAAGCAAGAGGGUCCGGAGGUGCAGACCCAAACCAGGAGUCGGGAAAAGCUGAUACAGCGCUAUGUGGCCAUUGCCCUGGUGGUGGGAAGUUUGGCUUUCGUGAUUCAGCUCCUUGUGCGGUUUCUACUUCAAUAAAACAGCAUCUCGUUCCGAAUUUAUAAUUUAA